ACCAGAUUAAAGCUUUAUAUAGUGAAAUACGCAGUUAGAAAGCGCAGGAAUAAAACCCAGCUCCUUUAUUCGACAUGUUUGUGAUAUUUGUAUUGUACACGGCGUGUGUCACACUUAUCAGCAGCCAGAAAGAGGACCCGGAUGUUUCCAAGUGCCCUGCUAAACUGACGAGAAACCAGUAUCUGGCAGCACGGGGUGACAUGUGUUACGAGUUUGUCCUCUACAAGACUAGAAUCCAGACACAAGCGGAGCGGGAGUGCGCCGUGAAUGGAGGAAAUCUCGUCACAGUCAAGGACAAAAGUAUGGAGGAUUUCAUUGGGGACAUGAUGCACAAGUUAAGAUAUGAUGGGCGGGUCUGGAUUGGACUGAACGAUAUUAAAACUGAAGGGGAGUACCACUGGAGCACAGGAGAGAACGCCACGUACUUACACUGGGCCCGGCACGAACCGACGUUUUUCCUGUCUGCGUUUGAAGAUUGCGUGAUUCUAGAUGCCACAAAACACAUGCAGUGGCUCGAUCUACCCUGUCAUAUACAGAUAAGACUGACGUUGUCAGGGUAACCAGCUCUACCACUCGCGAGACUUCCGCAACCACUAAAUCGACCACAAGUGCUACCACCACAGGCUCCACAUUACCAGUCGACACGGAUAUACCCAUACUAACAGGCCUACACAACGACAGCAUUCUCAUGACGACUACACCCGAUCCUACGACAGCCAUUCCUGAAACGCCCAAACUGCAUCUUUAAAAGAUAUAAAAGUCCAAAACAAAAUUUGCACUUUACUUUUUUUGUUGUUAUUAACACGUAGAUUCUUGCUUAAAUUGUGAAUUUUUGCUUUCUCGUAAACACCCCACUAUGUUAGUGGUUUUUACAGACAGAUGUCGCUACUUUAGCUUAA